AUGGCCAACACAAGUGCUGGCUCGGCCGCCGUGUCGCAGCCGACCUCUGGUAUCUCUACACCCCAGUUCCAGACGAGGUCGCGCACCCAGAGCAUGUCGAGCGAUCGCCCUUCCACCAUCAUGAGUUUCGGCCUCAUGUCUCCUCCCCUCUCCGUCACACCGGAGGCCGCCUUCAUUGCCGCCUCGGCCGCUUCGCAGAUUGUCACCAACGACCACGACAGCCACGCCGACACUUGGUAUGACCAGCAUGGAAUCGAACCUGCUGGCGAGACGGCCAUGGUCUCGGCAGCCGCCUUGCAAUUGGUAAACAGCUUCCUCGACCAGCUCCUCUUCAACUUCCUGUCCGCGUCGCGCGCAACGACCCUCGCCGCACUGAGGCCUGCCGUGACCGAAGUCCUGAAGCCGAAACUCGCCAAAGAUGCCAUCAACCAGGCAGACGAGGAGCUGCGAGAGUACCUUGGUGGAGCCGACGAAGACGAUUUCGUUCAACCCCAAGGCACAGAGUCCAAGGACUGGGACCUCGAACUCGUCUGGAAGCGGACACGGUUGAGGUGUAUGGUGUACUCUUCGCUGGGUGACAUGGAAGAGGAGGACGAAGACUACCACAUGGAUCAAGAGAACCUCAAGCCUGGCAUUGACGAGCGCGGCCCCGAGGUCAUCUCCCCCGCAGUCGCCAUCUUCUUGACAUCGAUUCUCGAAUACAUGGGCGAACAGGCUUUGGUCGUCGCAGGCCAAGCCGCAUAUCACCGUCUACGCGCGAAGUUCGAAAAGGAGCCCAAGGACGGCGCGAGGAGCGUUGCCGACAUCGCCGACAGAAUCGUGGUCGAGGAGCUGGACAUGGAACGGGUCGCUCUUGACAGGACUCUGGGCAGACUCUGGCGGGCGUGGAAGAAGAGGCUUCGUUCUCCCAACCUGGACGCGCGCCCCUUUUCGCGCACCUCGUCCAUUCGCCACAAACAGAGCAACACUCCCGAGAGCCGCGAGAGCCACGAGAGCCCGCUCCCUGCGCAGGGCCUUGGCAUCCAAGAAGCACCGCGGGAGGAGCCCGAGGUUGACCAAGUCGGGAACCCCAUCGAAGCAUCGGCCAUCCCGCUACCGAUUGGGGAUCGCGAUAUUGACGAGAUUGAAGUGCCGGGUCUUGCCUCAUACAGCGACGAGGGGAGUCGGAUCGUGAGGAAGAGGAGCCGGUAG